AGAGAAGCCGCGUGGAUGAGUAGAGAGUUGUGAUUGGACAAAAUAUCCUACAUCGUUUGUCUGCUUUCUGCGGAUUGGAGGACUUUCAAAGCUUGUUGUUUGAUUUUUGGUUUUUCCGUUGAGACCGGCGGUAGUAGCGGCGAGAACGGGAGAGUUAGCGCGUAGAAGAAAAGUACAACCUUCGUGUUCUGGAUGGGACCGAGAAGGGUGUGUCACGGGGUUGCACGACGUUCUGGUGGUGAGAAUAUGCACCAUGGCUACUUCUCCAAGAACACCCUCUGCUUCCAAAAAAUCAAACACUCCAUGUGGCUCUUCCAAGGGUGCCAUGCCCCCUUCUCCUCACCAAAGUGAUUCUACCCCUCUUCCUUCAAUCAAUGAACGUCUGGCCUAUCUUCGCCCCUCCCGGGAGUUGCUAGAAUACUAUCGAAAGAAGAUUGCAGAAUAUGAUGAGGAGCAUGCAGAGCUGGUGAAACGGUUAGAGACCUACAAAGCAUCUUAUGAUGAUCAGCACAAGUUACAAUGGGAAAUGCGUCAGCGAGAAGAAGAAAUUGCAGAACUGCAGAAGGCUUUGAGUGAUAUGCAGGUAUACCUUUUUCAAGAAAGAGAGCAUGUGCUUCGCCUUUAUGCUGAAAAUGAUCGGCUGAAAAUCAGGGAAUUGGAGGACAGAAAGAAGAUUCAGCAUCUUUUGGCUUUAUUAGGAACAGACAGUGGUGAAAUUACCUAUUUUCACAAGGAACCACCAGAUAAGGUCACUAUACAUCAACGACCAAUCAAGAGCAGAGAUACAAAUGAUAGAUAUGAUAAACACACUUCAAAAAUAGGUACUAAAAGCUCUGCCUUAAAAAAUAAAGGAGAGAAGCCUGAAAGUGGAAAUAGAUACCAAAGAGACAACCAAACACUCUUAUUACAGGUGGAAGCUCUUCAGGCUCAACUAGAAGAACAGACCAAGUUGUCAAAGGAGCAAAUUGAGGCUCUGCUAGAGGAUCGACGCAUCCGUAUUGAAGAAGCUCAGGUUCAGCAUCAGAGGGAUCAGGAGAAGAUCAAAGAGAUUGCCGAAAAAUACCACAAAGCUCAAAAUUUGCUAUAUGAGAGUACCAGAGAUUUUCUGCAGAUGAAGUUUGAUGCACGAGCAAAUGAAAAAUCCUGGGUGGCAGAGAAGGACACUCUGCUGAGGAAGAUGGACAAAUUUAAAUGUGCACCCAAACAGAGCAGGAUUUGUCAGGACAGCAGUCUGGUCCAGGACCACAUCAAUCAAAGUCAGGAAAGUGAUCAAAGCUGGCGAGAUACUAGCCCAGAGCAGCAGGACACUAGCCCAGAUGAGAGGGAAGGUAGUCCUUGUCAGCAGAGCUUCACCAAGAGACCAUCUCCCAGCAGGAAGGUUGAAGUUUUCAAGAAGAGGAAACCGAAAGCUGCCAGACGUGUUUCUCAAGCAGCCCAUGGUGUUCAUAAAGUAUAUGAAGCAGAGGUCAAACUGCUUAAGAAGCCCCCAAAAGGAUUUUUAUGUCACCUCCAAGGAUUACAAGAUCGACUGACACAGGAGCAGAGAUUAGCAAACAUGUAUCGAGACCAGUGUGUUUCAUUGGAAGAAGAAUUGGCUAAGAUUCGGGAGGAAGGAGAUUUAAGUCGAGAGAUCCUGAAGCAACGGUCAGAAAAGAUGGGGAGGCGUCUACAGCAAAUGACCCAGCGCUAUGAGGCACUGGAAAAAAGGCGUGUCAUGGAAGUGGAGGGGUUUAAAACUGACAUUAAGCAACUCCAACAAAGGCUGCAGGACAUCGAGAAGCAACUUUUCAAGGUGGUAAUGACUGUGGGCCCUGACCAAGAUCUUGCAAUUCUACAUGAAGUUCGCCAAGGGAAUAAGAGAACUAAAAAGAUACAAGGAGAACUUAAAAACUUAAAAUCAAAGAUAUAUGGGAUGGAAAAUGACCUACGAGUUUGUUGAUAAUGAUACAGUAUGUCAGUCAGAAUGAGUGGUGUUGAUAAAGACCUGUCACCUCAACAACCUUUCUUUUGUACAAAAUGUGUAGCUUGCAGUGAGUGUAGCACUAACUUUACAUUCCAGGGCUGAAUGAAGAAACCAAUUAAAACGUGUGAGAUUUGAAAUCAAACUUUUUUUGAAUGAGUAUCUAGAUUUGGUCUCUGCUUGCAAUGUUGGUUUAUGCACAGAUCAGGACAGAGAUAUUUGAUAAUUCCUUUUGCUGUGGCUACAGGAGAUGUAGUCUGUAAGAACUUUUUUCUGGCUAAGAAUGAUAGAAAGCAGCUAGGUGGGUUAUGUACGCUCUGUAUGUUAGUUUAUUAUGGAGAAGAAUGAAAUUUCUAAAUGAUUCAGAAAUUGUUCUGUAAAGGAGGAUUGAUACCAAUUUAUAU